AUGCCCUUCAAUUCCACCACUAUCAGCUCCGUAGGUCUCGAUCGACAUAUCAGGACCGCCGUCGCCGAAUAUGUCUACCCAACCUUCAUCGCGUUGGCCUGGUGCAACGCGAUCGAGCUGAUCGUGCUCUGCUUUAACACCUUUCAACGCUACCGCGGUUCCUACUUCUGGUCGCUUCUCCUUGCUUCCUUCUGUAUCAUCCCGUUUGGCCUCGGCUACAUGCUCAAAUUCUUCAACAUCACCUUCACAAACUACUUUCUUGAGCUGGUCAUCCUCGACCUCGGCUGGUCGGGCAUGGUCACGGGUCAAUCGCUCGUGCUCUGGUCGCGGUUGCAUCUGGUCCUGCACGACAAGCGUGUUCUACGUGGGAUUUUAUGCUUGAUUCUUGUGGAUGGGGCGGUGUUGCAUUCCACCGCCACGGCCCUGGAGAUCGCGGCCAAUGCGCUCCCGCUUUCAAAAGGGGUCGUGGCUGCGUUUGGCGUUAUCGAGCGCAUUCAGCUGGUUAUCUUCUCCUUGCAGGAAAUCCUGCUGUCUUCGCUGUACAUCUACAAGGCCAUACCACUGUUAAAGUUGGAUUCGGAUGGAAGGGCGCACAAACUGCUGGUGCAGCUGAUCAUCAUCAACGUGGUGAUCAUGACGCUGGAUGUCUGCGUGGUCGUCGUGCAGUAUCUGGGGUAUUUCACCUUCCAGGUCACCCUCAAGGCCUUUGUGUAUAGUAUCAAGUUGAAGCUGGAGUAUGUGAUUCUGGGCCGAUUGGUGGAUGUCUCGAAUAUGCGAGCACAGCCGCAGGCUCCACGGUUGAGAUCAUAA